AUGAUGCAGAUCAAGGCCAAAUUCGAUACUGACGAAGGUCUGAACUUCAUUCAACUGUAUUACAUCAAUCAAGGACUGAAGAAGUUUGGUGAUGAUGGAAAGGAUGCUGUGGAUAAGGAAUUGAGACAAAUGCUCCUGGGAGAUUGUUUCACUCCCAAAUUUGUGAAAGACAUGACCGCAUCUGAGCGAAAGAAGGCCCAAUCAGCGAUGAUGUUACUCGCGGAUACCGAGGCGAUGGAACUCGUGAAUGGUUAUCGCAAGAGGACCCUGCAAGCCCGACUGCUUUGCAAGAAGGAAUCACCACUACUUGUGUUAUUGAUGCACACAAAGGUAGAGAUAUAA